GAACCACGUCUAGCAGUAACACUGUUGUAGCUGGCCAGGAUAGUUUUCCUGAUGUAGAGGAGAACAGAAUGGUGAAAGAGACUGAGGAAAGGUUCAGUAAUGUAAUCAGAGCACAUACCCGACUAGAAUCGAGGUACAGUAAUAGCUCCGGAGGAUCUUACGAUGAUGACAAAAAUGAUCCUGUUUCUCCGUAUACAAGCUGGUUAUUGAAUAUUGUUGAAACCAAACAACCACAUCCUCUGCCCAUGCCUUACAAUGGAGGGUGUUGGGCACCGCUUGUGGACUACCUCCCAGAAACCAUCACACCCCGUGGGCCCCUUCAUAGGUGCAAUAUUGCUGUUAUCUUCAUGACUGAGAUGGUAGUAGAUCACAGUGUGAGAGAGGAUUGGGCUCUUCACCUCCCUUUAUUGCUGCAUGCUCUCUUUUUAGGUCUUGACCAUUACCGCCCUGAGGUUUUUGAACACAGUAAAAAGUUACUGCUUCAUCUUUUGAUUGCGUUAUCUUGCAAUAGCAACUACCAAGCCAUUGCAUCAGUGCUUCUUCAGACCAGAGAGAUGAACGAGACCAAGACUCUGACAGUACAACCGGCAUACUUACCUGAAUAUCUUUAUACAGGUGGCUUUGACUUUCUGCGGGAAUACCAGUCGUCUCCGGUGCCAGACUCUGGCUUGAGCUCCAGUUCCACCUCCUCCAGUAUCAGUCUGGGAGGCAGCAGUGGAAAUCUCCCACAGAUUACACAAGAGGUUGAGGACAUGGACACUGCUGCUGAAACAGAUGAGAAAGCAAACAAAUUAAUUGAGUUUCUGACAACCAGGGCAUUUGGUCCGCUUUGGUGCCAUGAAGAUAUCACACCCAAAAAUCAGAACACCAAGAGUGCUGAACAGCUUACGAAUUUUCUGCGUCAUGUUGUAUCUGUAUUUAAAGAUUCCAAGUCAGGUUUUCAUUUGGAGCAGCAUCUGAGUGAAGUUGCUUUACAAACAGCUCUUUCAAGCUCUUCAAGACAUUACGCAGGUCGCUCUUUCCAGAUAUUCAGAGCCCUAAAGCAGCCUCUUUCUGCACAUGCGUUGUCUGACCUUCUGUCAAGAUUGGUGGAAGUUAUUGGAGAACAUGGAGAUGAGAUUCAGGGGUAUGUGAUGGAGGCGCUACUUACUUUGGAAGCUGCUGUGGAUAAUCUGUCUGACUGUUUGAAGAACAGUGAUCUUUUGACAGUGUUAUCACGUUCAUCUUCGCCAGAUUUAACAUCAAGCACCAAACUGACUGCAAACCGGAAGAGCACAGGACAGCUGAAUGUGAAUCCUGCAAGCGGUAACACAGCCACUGCUGAACGAAGCAGGCACCAGAGGAGCUUCUCUGUACCCAAAAAAUUUGGAGAUGUGGACAAGUCCUCGGACCCACCACGCAGUGCCACCCUUGACAGAAUUCAGGCGUGCACCCAACAAGGCCUGUCCUCUAAAACCAGAAGUUCAUCUUCUCUAAAGGACAGUCUCACUGACCCAUCCCAUAUUAACAAUCCAACCAACCUACUGGCCACCAUCUUCUGGGUUGCUGUGGCUUUGAUGGAAUCAGAUUUUGAGUUUGAGUAUCUAAUGGCAUUGCGGUUACUGAAUAAACUUCUGGCUCAUUUGCCACUAGAUAAAGCCGAAAACCGGGAGAAGUUAGAGAAGUUGCAAGGGCAGCUGAAGUGGGCAGACUUCUCAGGGCUUCAGCAGCUACUCCUGAAAGGAUUCACCUCCCUUACUACCACCGAUCUCACACUACAGCUCUUUAGUUUGUUGACACCAGUGUCUCGAAUAUCCAUGGUGGAUUCCUCUCAAGCUAUAGGAUUUCCACUGAAUGUUUUGUGUCUCCUGCCCCAUUUAAUUCAGCAUUUUGACAGCCCAAACCAGUUUUGUAAAGAUAUAGCCGAAAGGAUUGCUCAGGUUUGUUUGGAGGAGAAGAACCCCAAGCUAUCAAAUCUUGCACAUGUCAUGACCCUUUAUAAAACACACAGCUAUACAAGGGACUGUGCUACCUGGGUAAAUGUGGUUUGCCGUUACCUUCAUGAAGCAUUUGCUGAUAUUACUUUGAGUAUGGUGACGUAUUUGGCUGAGCUACUAGAAAAGGGCCUUCCUAGUAUGCAACAGUCCCUCUUACAGAUGAUCUACAGUCUUCUUAGUUAUAUGGACCUGUCAGCUAUUCCUGUGAAACAGUUUAACAUGGAAGUGCUAAAAACUAUUGAAAAAUAUGUACAGAGCAUUCACUGGAGAGAAGCCUUGAACAUCCUGAAGUUGGUAGUUUCUCGUUCUGCCAGUUUAGUUUUACCAUCCUAUCAACACAGCGAUCUUUCAAAAAUGGAAAUACAUCGAGUAUGGAACAGUGCCUCCAAGGAGCUCCCAGGGAAGACUUUAGAGUUUCAUUUUGAUAUUUCAGAGACUCCAAUUAUUGGGAGACGGUAUGAUGAGCUGCAGAGUUCUUCUGGACGCGAUGGUAAACCCAGGGCAAUGGCUGUCACCCGAAGCACUUCUUCAACGUCAUCAGGAUCUAAUUCCAAUGUCCUUGUUCCUGUGAGCUGGAAGAGACCCCAGUACUCUCAGAAAAGGACAAAGGAAAAGCUGGUGCAUGUCCUUUCCCUAUGUGGUCAGGAAGUUGGGCUGAGUAAAAACCCUUCAGUAAUUUUUUCUUCCUGUGGUGAUUUGGAUCUGAUUGAGCACCAGACGAGCUUGGUGUCUUCAGAAGACGGAACAAGGGAGCAGGAGAACAUGGAUGAUUCAAACAGUGAACAGCAAUUCAGAGUCUUUAGGGACUUUGAUUUCCUAGAUGUUGAGCUGGAAGAUGGGGAGGGUGAGAGCAUGGACAACUUCAACUGGGGAGUGCGCAGGCGGUCCUUGGAUAGCCUGGACAAGUGUGACAUGCAGCUGCUGGAAGAGAGCCAGCUCUCGGGGAGUACGCCCAGCCUGAACAAAAUGAACCGUGAGGACUCCGAUGAGUCAUCAGAGGAGGAGGACCUGACCACCAGCCAAAUCCUGGAGAACUCAGACCUAAUUAUAACUCUUUCCCCAUCUGAGGAUGCAAAUCAUAUUGACUCACUUUCUACAUCAUGUGACACAACCUCAGCAGAACCUCAACAUUUUAAUAUAGGAGCAUCCAGCUUUGAUGUGUCUUUGCCCGAGAUGAAUAAUCUCCAAGUGUCUGAAGGAUCCAAGGUUGAAGCUGUACAUGAAGAACAAGAUAUAGGAGUCCACGAGGAUGACCUUUCAGGGUCUACAAACGAACUCCCUGGAGCAUUUGAAUGCAGUGAUAGCCUUAGUCUGGAUAUGACAGAGACUGAAGAGAAAGUUGACAGGCUAGAACAAUUUGCUCUUGCUAGUUUUGGAGACGUUGAUCGAAAUGCCUCCCCUCCUCCAUCACCAUUUUUUUCUGCCAUCCUUGCUGCAUUUCAGCCAGCAGCAUGUGAUGAUGCAGAAGAAGCCUGGCGUAGUCAUAUCAACCAGCUCAUGUGCGACUCUGAUGGUUCCUGUGCGGUUUAUACAUUUCAUGUGUUCUCUUCCCUGUUUAAG